AAGAUUUGAGCUUUCGAUGAUCCUCUAGGACGGCAGUACUCUACUACUAGUGUAGUCUCUAUUUAGUUGCUCCCGGGCACCUGAGCAACGCUACCGGUGGCCAGCAGAAGUACUAGGACCUAGUAGCCUAGCGAAUAGCGAUGCCGCAACUGGAGAUGGAGACGGGCCGCGAUGGCGCGCCACGGAAGGAGGCUGAAGGGCACUGGCUGAACGCCGAAGAGCCGGCGCCGGCAUCCGUAGUCACGCCGUGGGUGGAAAAGCUCAGCCAGAGGAGGCCAUGGGGAUGGGCGGCGAAUGCCGUGCUCGUUGCCCUGAUCAUCUCUGUGCCGCCGAUGGCAAUCCUCUUUGGCGUCGGCGCGCGGAACAGCGCGUCGGCGGUAUGGAUCGGCGCCACCAACGCCUUACGCCUAGGACCAGCAACAGCACACGACGACAGGCGUCUCGGCGGGCUUCUGGCUGACGGCUUCGACGAAGGAGCUUGCCACAGCAGGUUCCAAUCCGCCACGUACCGCCGGAACGCCCGCAAGAAGCCCUCCCCGUAUCUCGUCACCAAGCUGCGGCAGCAGGAGGCCCUGCAAAGGCGCUGCGGCCCGGGCACCGCCGCCUACAGCAACGCCCUGGAGCAACUCAGGGCAGGGAAGAAGCAGAGCCACACCGGCGGCGAAUGCAGGUACCUGGUGUCCAUAUCGUACCAAGGCCUCGGGAACCGGAUCCUGGCGGCCACGUCGGCGUUCCUGUACGCGAUGCUCACCGACCGCGUGCUCCUCGUCGACCCCAGCAACCAGAUGGGCGACCUGUUCUGCGAGCCAUUCCCCGACACCACGUGGCUGCUGGCCCAGGCCAGCUUCCCGCUGACGAACUACAGCAGCUUCAACAUCGACACUGCCGAGAGCUACGCCAACAUGCUGAAGAACAAGGUGAUCGGGACCAACGACAAUGAAGCGUCGUCGACGAUGAGGCCGGCGUUCGCGUACAUCCAUCUCAACCACGACGCCAGCGACCAAGACAAGCUGUUCUUCUGCGACGAGGACCAGAGGAAUCUCCGGGACUUCCAGUGGCUGGUGAUGAGGACGGACAACUACAUCGUGCCGGGGCUGUUCCUGAUCACGGCCUUCCAGGAAGAGCUCGACAUGCUCUUCCCGGAACCGGACACCGUGUUCCACCACCUCGGUCGGUACCUAUUCCACCCCAACAACAACGUCUGGGGCCUCAUCACGCGGUACUACGACGCUUACCUGGCGACGGCGCACCAGCGAGUCGGCAUCCAGGUGCGCGUCUUCGGCAAAGACAAGGAGUCGCCAAAGCUUCUAGAACAGAUCACCACGUGCACGCAGAAGGACAAUCUGCUUCCGGAGUUGGGAGAGCCCACCGACCCCGUGAACCGGCCCGCGGCCCGGAAGUCCACCAAAGCCGUUCUGGUCACCUCACUAAAGGCCUGGUACUACGAAAAGCUCAAGAGCAUGUACUGGGAGCACUCUACGGUCACCGGCGAGGCUGUCAGCCUGCACCAGCCGAGCCAUGAGGAAUACCAGCAAUUCGCUGCCAAGUCCCACGACGCCAAGGCGUGGGCCGAGAUAUACCUGCUGAGCCUCAGCGAUGCGCUGGUGACCACUGGGCUGUCAACGUUCGGGUACGUCGCACAAGGCCUUGGCGGCCUGACACCAUGGGUGAUGUACAAGCCGGCCAACGGCUCCGUGGUACCGAACCCGCCAUGUGGCCAGGACGUGUCCAUGGAGCCGUGCUUUCUCCAGCCGGCGUUCUAUGAUUGCAGGACCAAGCAAGCGGCGGACGUCUCAAAGAUUGUGCCGCAUGUUCAGCGGUGCAAUGACACACGCUGGGGGUUGAAGCUUGUUCCUCGUAGUGUGUAGUCACUAGCUGGGGCAGACCCAGAAAAAAUUUGUAUGGGGAGCUUACUAUUAGAAAGGCAAAAAUACAAA